CUAAGGGUGGUAUAUUGAGCUUAUUUAGUAUGGGCGUUGGCAAUUUUGCGAGACAACCAGCGACGCCGCAAACUGAAACUAAUGUAGAAGUAAAUAAAACCCCACAACCAGCAGCUCAAGACGAUUUUGAAGAACGACUGAAAAGAGCAGCGGCAACUAUAGCACCUUCCCGCAACGACGAGCCUUUGACGGAUCAUGAUAGGAAGAAGAUCGAGGGACUGCGCCGUUUGGUUGAAAAACGUAGAUCGGUAUCUCAUGACAAGUCUGUUAGCUCGCCUGCAUCCAAGACUGGCACGUUCAGGCGUGCAGAAACGGUGAUGUCACCGACCAAAGAGAAGACACCGAAAUCAACGAACAAUCCGGAGAAUAAAACCUUUAGAAAAGAAGUCAUCGUUAUAGAGGACACUGAGAGUGAGGAUGUCGAUGAAAAUCAUAGCCAGGAUGAAGUUGAGGGAGAAGUCGAAUUUGAUAGGGAGAAUACAAAGUCGAUUGGAGCUAACGAAAAGGAAACAAUACAUGAUGUUGGUGGUUCUGAACUUGAAUGGGUCCUAGAAAGAAACCGGAGAGAAGAAAUGAGCGAUGACGAUUACGAGCCAGACGAGGACUCUCAGGAUGAGGACGCCCAAGCCAAGCACAAGCGUGGCCAUGCUCAUUCCACCAACCUCGCUCCUAGGAGAUCAUCAAACAGGCGAAAAUAUACCUCACAGUCUUCCUCUCUGCCAAAUGGUCACCAGCCGUCACACAACACACCGCGAAAGACGAGGAAGAGUACACUACGAUCUAGCCCAUCACCGACUGAUCCACCUUCAGCAUCCAAUACAAAAUACAGGUUUAACAACUACGAAGUCAAGCUCGUCACUCAGUGCGCCCUCACGGAAAGCCGCAGGACUUAGUAAGUCUUCUACUUCAGCAACACAAGAGGAAUUAGAGGAAUUUGACAAGCAUACAUUCAAAUUUUCAAUACGCCUCCCAGAUUCUGGCGAUUU